UUAGUGUUUUCUUCAUAGAUUCCCCUCCGAUUUCCUGAUGCCCCAAAUACAGCAAUGAAUGGAUUACACGCUUUUCUGCCUGGGAAUAAAAUGUAACUUGAUAAGAUAUCGUCUUUUGCUUCAGGUUUCUAAAUAAGUGAACAUGGGUAUCGUUUUGAAGGAAAUUAGAUUUGGAUGUUUCUUCACUACGUUUUAAGAAAAACUGAUAUAAGACGCAUAUUGAGAAAGAGUUGGAUGAAUUAUACCCACAAGAAUGCUAGUCAGUCCUUCAUCAUGGUCAAGUGCAUGUCUCCCAGAACUGAGCAGACAUAUAAAGCUGCUUUGAAGAGAGCCAACCAAACCAAGACUUUGAAGAACACGUUGAUGGCGUUGAACAUUCUUUGAUGUCUUCCUACGAGAAUUGGCAGCAUUCGGUUGGGUCAUGUACAGGCAGCUCUAAGAGCUUGUGGAAGGGCUAUAUAGCUUUCGUCGCACACCUGAGUCAGAUUGCCUGUAAAAGAAGUGUACAGUCAGCAACAAAAGCGUGGAAGGAUGUUAUCAUUUGUAUCAUGUCCUUACUGAAGUUGUCAGCGUUCUAACAAAAGGAGAAAACAUGUUUUACGAGGCUGACUAGGAGAUCCAACGUAUUAUUGCAAGCAUAAAAAAGCUACCAGGUAUCAAUUAUUGAACUGCCCCAUAGGAACAUACAUGUACAUAUAUCCAUGUAUUCUAUUUCGACUGCUUUUCAAGAGCUUACGGAGGAGAGCUACUUAAAUCUGUCUCAUUGCUUGUACAUUUCUAUGCUUUACAUGUGAUAUCAACUGUAUUUCUUUUAGCUUUUAUAUUUCUGUAAUACCAUUAUUUAGUGAAGUUAUACUUGGUAAUUCGGGAGAUGAAUUUCAAUGGGAGAAUGAAGUAUCUUAUGAAAAGAAUUUUAAAAGCUUUGACAGAUACAUGUAGUUUGGAGGGCAGAUUUAGUGAUGUAAAUGAUGCUGUAAAAAUAUGCAACGAAGACUGUUGAUCUUACACCCUGAGAUCACUGGAAGAGGCUUCUGGUACUCAAUUCCCAUAAAAGUGAUAAUGAUAUUACUCAAAUACUUUUGAUAGUAGAAAUCAAUAUUACUGAUCAUUUUGAUUUCAAUACAUACAGUACAUUAUGAAUUAUAAUCUAUUAUUAUCAUCAUAAAACUGUAGAUACUAUUGUUAAUCAUUGUGAUAACAUUUAAUGAUGUUUUGUAGAGUUUGGUGAUGAGAUGGUAGACUCAUUACCGAGAUAAAUUGCUGUGAAAUGAACUGUAAGUAAAUCUAGUUGAAAAGGAUGGACAAUAUUGUAAAAAUAUGCUUUGCAUGAUAAGUAAUCGUCACGGAAGUCAGCUCAAAGUAUCUGAAGAAAUCUAAAUGCUUUUAUUAAGAGUUGUUUGUGACUUUUAAUUAUGAUAGAUGUUUAAAAACAUUAGUUUUCAUAUCAAAUUUGUGCUUUUUAGCCGUAAAGUUUAUGAAAUAUCUGGGAGCACUAUAAAUAAGCUGUACCAAACUCGAUGUCCAACUGUUCUGUCUCUGGUCGAUCUCGUAUUGUGGACUUCGAAAUGGGAAAUGGGAUUUUCGCAGAUGAUGAAUGGAGAAACAAACUCAAGUCGUCCUCAAGGACAUUUCUCAUGACAAUUCAGUUACACUCUGAUUGGAAUCCAGAAAAGGCUGUCUAUUAAUGGAACAGAUGUGCAUAGAGGAUACCUAGUUUCAUGGAGUCCAAGAGGGGGUUUGUUACUUUGUAGAGGGAAUUCUUUGAAGUAAAUGAGCUUGAGGUCAUCGAGGAAGAAUAUGGGGGAACUGCAAAUGAAGAAAACGAAGGAGAAAAACAAAAGUACUAUGACUCGGAUGAUUCUGACCUCUCAGAUUUAGAUGGUUACAUGCAUGAUUCUGACAUCUGACAUCAGUGAAGAACGUGAUUGAAAUAUGACGUGUAAUACAAAAGAAUGUAAUGUAGUCAUCAAUAAAAAGUGCAUGUUAAAAUGUAUUAAUACAUUUUUGAUUGUGUGAAAUUGAAAAACUGAAAUUGAUUAACUGGAUAUGCAGGGUACAACAACAAAUGUUACAAUUAAAUUUUAUAAGUAAAUUCAUCAUGUAAAAUAAUAAAGAUCACAAAACUGAAAAUCAGCACGAAAGGUCAUAAAAUUUUUGGGCAUGUUUUCAUACUCAAAUUCAAACUCCAAAUCGUACUCAUACUCAAAAGUGAAGGUUAUAAAACUUUUAUAAAAUCAUUCUCAUACUCAAAUGGAGUACAUGCUCAAGAUUUUUCAAGUAUGUUUCGAAGCUUGCUCAGAGUUGUACUCAAAACAAACAUGGCUGAGUUUGAGUAUGAGUAUGGUAAAAGUUUUAUAACCUCCAGGCCAGGUCUGACAACUUUUUCCUGUAGUCAGCUCUGUGAAUGGCUCAUAUUUUCGUUGAGUUUUCACCGUUGCUUCAUGCUAGAUAUAUCUAAAUAUUAAUGUUCUGAAGAUUACAUUAUGAAGAAACAAGGAAGACUCAUUUAAAAAAAAAAAAAAAAAAGCUUUCCUUUUUUCAAAAUCACUGUCAUGGAAAUAACAUCAAUGUAGCGAUACCUCAAGUUUCAUGCUACACGCAGCUCCUUGAGGGAAAUCUGACAUACCAGAGAGCUACAGAUCCACCUCUUAUAAAUAAUUUUGUUGCACCUAUGUUCUCCAAAAAUCGUGUUUGCUGUCCGAUCAGCGCAUAUCUUCCGCAAAAUGACCGUACGGGGAACCUGUAACACCUUUCACGACAUCGCUACGGACUUGCGAUGUUUGAAAAUGUGUAUACCUUUCAACUAAACAAAAUGGUAGAGGACACGGAACCCGUGACUUCGUACGAAAAUCGCCGUCUGUCAUCCUACAGAAAGGAAGAUACGGCCAUGUAACGGGCUCCAUAGGACCAUCGUAGGAGAAAUGUAAAUUAGGCUUUAGAGCUACAUGCAUCUUCAAUCUGUCCUAGGCAUUAAAUCUUGUAUUCUUGGAUAUCAAAUUUAUCCAAGACAGUCGUUCGUUAAUAAGAUUUAUGUUUCUAAAAUCAUAACUUAACCUGAUGUGCUUGUGAAACACUGCUUCCCUUAUGACCAAUCUCCAGAUAAUGAAGUCAACAUUUUGCUACCUAAAGAGAGGCCUUGUCAAAAGGACUACACAUCUGAAAGCUCUAUCACCAUCUAUUCAAAAGUUACGGCCAAGCACAGGGGCUACUUAUCCAUUUUGUUCUCAAUCUAUAUCUAUCUAUCUAUCUAUCUAUAUAUAUAUAACAAGGGAUGACUCGAAAAUAGGACACCGGUUUUAAAUAAAGCUCAAAAUCACCUUAGUUCCAAGAAACAGAUCGAAUCUCCCUAUCCAAAGAGCGUUAAACAUCUUCUAAAACAAGUCCAAUCCUUUCAUAUUUAUUUUAAUGAGUUUUAUAGACGAAAAUAAUUCAAGCUGUCUGCAUUGUCACCGAUCACGCACAAGAAAAGAUAACUCCUACAAUGAAAUUAACUUCCAGGUCUCGGAUUGUUGAUAUAUAUAUACGAGUAGAAUGAAAGACUCAGAUUUUUUAAAUUUUGUUUUUUGCACAAAUUACGGUAAACAGAAUUUUUUUCUUUGGCAGGUAAUAUUUUAUUUCAGCCUGAUUUUAAAUGCAGUGUACAACACCCCCGUCUAUAAAACGUAUUAAGUCAAACAUGAAAGGAUUGGGCAAUAGUUUCAUUGUAGGAGUUAUCUUUUUGAUAUUACCGGAAAUAUAAUAAAUAGUAUGAAUAUGUAUUUAUAGCAAACAUAUCAAUAAAAAAUGGACAUAACUUUACUACCAUUUGAUGUUCAAUUUUAAUUUAUCUUCAGCAAUAUCGUAUUCCUUGGAAUGAGGCAAUGAGCCGCGUUAAACAGCCUGAUGACAACAUAUACGUAAAAGUCGUCAUCAUAGGAGACAGCAAUGUUGGAAAAACUUCCAUAGCUCAGAGAUUCGUCGAUGAUACUUUUCAUGAACAUACUUCUAACUCCGUUGGGGCUAGCUACUUCGUGAAACAUCUUGAAAUAGAGGACAGGAAGGUUUAUUUUCAGAUAUGGGACACUGCAGGGCAGGAGAAUUUCAGGUCCCUCGUUCCCAUGUAUCUGCGGAACGCAAAAAUUGCACUCCUUGUAUAUGAUAUUACAUCAAUGAUAUCGUUCCUGAAUUUAGAAGUCUGGCGAUCUGACCUUUUAACAGCAGAGCCUGGAGUUACUGUAGCAGUUAUAGGAAACAAGUCUGACCUCAAAGACAACAGAGAAGUAGAAGUCAGGAAAGGACAGGACUUUGCCAGUAAACGUGGAAUGUUAUUCACAGAAACUUCUGCGAAAAGAGGCACGAACGUGGAAGAGAUAUUUUUUGAGCUAGGAUCACAAAUUUUGUUGAAUGGCACCCAAGGGCUGAACAUGGAAACUGUUCGAGUAGGACCUAGUGAAGGAAUAGAGAGAAAAAUCAGGAAUUGCUGCUCAUAAUAUAAACUCAUCUGUCGGAUUUUGUAUAUCAAUAAAACGCAUGUAUCUACUAAACGAAUUGAUGUCUUUAGAAUAGUACUUACUUUAAAGUGAUUAUACCCGCACUUUCUCAGGAAAGUUCGGAUUCAGUGUAUAUUGUUGUUACCCAGGUCCGUCCGUUUGUCUGUCACAUGUUUUCUUCCUCAAACUCCUUUUGUUUGAAGUAGUAACCAAUUAAGAUGUCCUGUAGAUGCGCAUUGCGGUUUUAGAAUUUUCAAUCUUACACUGGUGGUCGAAAACGUUGUUUUUUUCUACAAAACCCUGGUUUCCCAAACUCCUCUUACAUUUUACAUAGUUUCCAAAUCAUCUUUAGAAGGUAAUUGGUUCCAGAACUCCUCUUACAUUUUAUGCAGUACAUGUAGCUAAAACAUCUUAUGGAAGAUGAUUGGUGGUGUCCUUUUAAUCACUGUUCGUUAUCUUCACCUUUCAUGUGCAAUAAGUUUUCGGAAUUUUUCACCUAAAGGGGCAAAUGGGAUGGAAAAACGACGGUCAAAAACCUGGUGCUUAGUGCAUUGUGUCAUGUGCAACAAGAACAUAUUUGCUUUAAGGACUGGAACCUCCACCAUUUUAAAGGUCUUUGAACAAUCAAAAAAUGAUAGGGUUUGGAAUGACCCCAAGGCACUUGCCCAUCAGAAUACUCAAUGCAUUUUAAUAAGUGCAGCAGGAAUAUAUUAUGGUUUAGGGGUCAGGAUAAUGUAAAUAUAUUUCAACAAGUAUGAAAUAAGGUUUGGGAUGACCCUAGGCCACUUGCCCAAUAGAAUACUCAAUGCACCUUAACAUAUGCAGCAAGAAUACUAGUAUAUAUACAAUAUACACAUGUAGUAUAGGGUAGGUUAUGUGGUAACUAUUGUGUCUUCUUUGCUGAUUAAAUAAGCAUAACGUAUUUAAAAGCAAACACUUGCGUGCGGGUAUUACUGUCUUAUGGCAGCAUGUAAUUUGAUCAUUCGUUCUUCAGUAAAUGUGCAUGAAAUGUUGCUUCAACAGCUUUAGUAAACAAACAACAUGCAUUUUAUAUAAAUCGUAUGUUAUUUCGAGUUUUAUAUGAAUACGUGUGCCUGUUGUGCAUCACAAGGAACACCCAUAGGCAUCUGCUUGACUAUUUAUACAUACAUAACCAUUCUAUGCAUAGAGAUUAAUUGUUCAAAUACUGAAUAAAAAUGUCAUUGUCUUGUAGAAUUAUUUUAAGCUUUUUGUUGGUUGUUUUUAAAUUAGUCCAACCUGCCUCUAAGAAUUUACUUUUGUGUUCAAAAGCUGUAUAUAUUUGACUUUUGACAAGUCUCACUACACGUGAUUUAUGAUCUUGUCCGCAUUGUACAGUUUCUAAGCAUAUCUUUGCUAUUUCGAUUUCGAAGUCACAUUUGUUUCUACUGAUUACGUGCAUCAUGACAAGUAAGUAUCCGUUGCAGCAAUUGACACCAUCUGAUGCUAGGGCUUCAGGUAGCUACCAGCUGUAUAUAUUGCAGUGACCAAAACUUUAAAAAAAAUGUUUGCGAGUCCGAACCAGUACAUAAACAUACAAAUCACGACCAUACAAUGAUUGACCUCAUCAGUUUUUUAAAAUUAAUAUUUGCACUGAGUUUUGCGGUCAUUGCGCAAGCACGACCUGGACUUAUUUGCUAUGAACCCCCGUGUUUUAAUAUGCAACAUGGACAUCGUGAAAAACAGUAUUUACCACCGCCCGACGAAGUAAUUGUUCAUGAUCAAAAACGGGUGUAUAGACCACCAACUAAACCCGACUGGAAUCGAGGUCAUAAACGGGUGUACAGACCACCGACCGAUUCCGACUGGAUCAACGGAGGUGUACCCCAGAAACGGGUGUACAGACCACCGACCGAUCCCGACUGGACUAACGGAGGUGUACACCAGAAACGGGUGUACAGACCACCGACCGAUCCCGACUGGACCAACGGAGGUGUACACCAGAAACGGGUGUACAGACCACCGACCGAUCCCGACUGGAUCAACGGAGGUGUACACCAGAAACGGGUGUACAGACCACCAACCGAUCCCGACUGGAUCAACGGAGGUGUACAUCAGAAACGGGUGUACAGACCACCGACCGAUCCCGACUGGAUCAACGGAGGUGUACACCAGAAACGGGUGUACAGACCACCGACCGAUCCCGACUGGAAUCAUGGCAAUAAACGGGUGUAUAAACCAUCGGCUGAUACCGACGGGCAACACGAUCAGAAAAGAGUGUACAGACCCCCACCUGGCCCAUUUUCCAAUUCAGAUGACGUAUAAUAAAUGCUCGAAAUUUUGAAAUAAAAGGUCUGAUUAUAUUUGUAUUGAU